AUGGCUCCAUCUGACAAGAAACAAUCCGGUUAUGCCCGUCUGCUGGGAUCUGCUUCUGCUGGUAUUCUAGAGAUCGGUGUUUUCCACCCGGUCGACACCAUCUCCAAGCGUUUGAUGUCUAACCACACAAAGAUUGCUUCAUCUACUCAAUUGAACACUGUUAUCUUCAAGCAAUACUCCGAUUUACCAUUUGCUAAGAGAUUUUUCACGUUAUUUCCGGGUCUUGGUUACGCUGCUGCCUAUAAAGUGUUGCAAAGAGUCUACAAGUAUGGUGGUCAACCGUUUGCUAACGAGUUCUUAAACCAGCAUUUCCAAAACGAUUUCGAUUCUGCAUUUGGGGCUAAGACUGGGAAAGCUCUGAGAUCUGCCACUGCAGGGUCCAUGAUUGGUAUUGGUGAAAUCAUCUUGUUGCCAUUGGAUGUCUUGAAGAUUAAGAGACAAACAAACCCAGAAUCCUUCAAAGGUAGAGGAUUUGUUCAAAUCUUGAAGGAUGAAGGGCUACGUAACCUGUACAGAGGUUGGGGUUGGACUGCUGCUAGAAAUGCACCAGGCUCUUUUGCUUUGUUCGGUGGUAAUGCGUUUGCUAAAGAAUAUAUCCUACAUUUAGAAGAUUACAACGCUGCUACAUGGUCUCAAAAUUUUGUGUCUUCUAUUGUCGGUGCUUCUGCUUCUUUAAUUGUCUCUGCACCAUUAGACGUUAUCAAGACUAGAAUUCAAAACAAAAACUUCGACAACCCAGAGAGUGGUGUUACUAUCAUUAAGAACACUUUGAAGAAUGAAGGUAUUACUGCAUUCUUCAAAGGGUUGGUGCCAAAACUGUUGACUACUGGUCCAAAGUUGGUCUUCUCCUUUGCUUUGGCUCAAUCCUUGAUCCCAAGAUUCGAUGCUAUGUUACAAAAGAAAUAA